CAAAAUUUAAAAAAAUUUUAAAAAGCUUAUUAAAAAAUUAUAUUGCUAUAAUGAUUUUAUUCUUUAAUUGUAUCAUAUAAAUAAUGUAUUUCAACUAUCUUUUGCUGACAACUAGUAGAACUUUAACAUAUACAAGAAAUAAUCUAUCAUAUAGUAUCAUUUCUGGAACAUUUUCUCAUCAAUAUAAAAGGUCUGUAAAAAAAUGGCAAUAUUUAAAGCUUCAAAUAUCAAAUAUUCAUACGACUCAAAAGCUUUGUUAUCCUACAUCUUUAACUAUAUGCCUUGGUUCAAUUUUAUGUGGUUAUUAUGUAAGAAAAUGGUGGUUGAGACAACCAUUUAUGCAACAACAAAUGUAUAUAACAUGGUUUAAGCAAAAGAAACAUAUUUUUUAUGGUUCUUUGGCUUUCUUAUCAUUUAUUUUAUUUAUUUAUUGUUUAACAUGUUUUGAGAAGGAUCGAAUAUUGAAGAAACGACGUUUUAUUUUAUUUAAUCAAGAUCUACGAAUUAAAAAUGCUAAAAUUCUUUUUAGAGUGAUAGUACAAAAUAAAGAAAAUGUAGUACCAUUAAAUGAUCCUAAAUAUACAAUUGUUGGCAAUGCAAUAAAAAAAUUAAUAGAUUCUAACAAAGAAAUUUUUGAAGGAUUGGAUUGGACAGUAACUAUAAUUUAUCGUAUAUUUAAUAUGGCAUCACUUCCUAAUGUUUUGAUUUUACCAGAUAGAAGUAUUAUUAUACUUUCUGAUAUGUUUGAUCUCAUUAAAAGCAAUGAUCAAUUAAUAUUUAUUUUAGCUCAUGAAAUGUCACAUGAAAUGCUUCUUCAUACAUCAGAAACAUUAUCUUUCGGAAUACUAAAUGACAUUGCAACUAUUAUCUUUUCAUUUCUAAUUUGGAUAUUUUAUCCAAGAAGAAUAGCAGCCAUACUUUGUUCAAGUUUUUAUGUAUUUUCUUCAAUUAUUUUUGCUUGGUAUAGAAGAUCAUCUGAACUUGAAGCUGAUGAAAUUGGAAUGGAAUUAGCUGCAAAAGCUUGUAUUGAUCCUAGAGAAAUUUUAGUAUUCUGGGAGAUUAUGAAAGUAUUUGAAGAGCUUAGUAAAGCAGAUAAAUUUGAAAUACCAUUAUUUAUGCAUCAUCCUACUUUAAAGAAAAGAAAGAAAAGAACUAUUAAACUAAUGCCUAAGAUUUUGAAAAUAAGAAAACAAGCCAAGUGUCCUGAAAUACCUGAAAAGGAUCCUCAAGAUAAUUUACCAAAUUAUAUAAAGGAUAUCGAAAAAUUUGUAUUCAAAGAUUCAAGAAUUUUAGUUGGAGCACCAAAAGGAAAUUAUUCUUGGUCUUCAUCAAAAAGAUUAUCUUAUUUGAUUGAGCCUGGUAUUGUGUAUCGUUGUGAAAUCGAAAAUUCACAUUUGUAUCGUGGAAUUGAAAAUCAUAAAUGUCAAGAAAUUAAACCAGAAAAAAUUGAAAAUGAAAAAGGAUAUAUAACGCAACUCGGAAUGAUGAUGUGGAUACGAAAGCAAUAUGGAUGGUUCGGAAGUGCAAUUGCAAUAGAUAGAAUAAAUGGAAUUUUAACAGCAUGUGCACCACGAACAAUUGUGGCACUUUUAUAUAAAUCUUUAGAUAAUAAUUUGGAAACUAUGCAAGGGAUGUGUUACAAUGGAAAAAUUUCUUCAAAUACUCUGAUAAUCGAAGAGAAAGAUCUUAAGUUUUAUGAUUUUAUGUCAACAUUUUGGUAUAAUCCGAUACAUGGUUUUUCUGUUCAUUAUGCAUCGACAAAGCAAAACGAAAAAAGAAAAAAGAAGAAAAUAAAUCGUAUCAUAGGAGAACCAAAACAUGAAGAUUAUGGAACUGUAGAUAUACAAUAUUCAAAUAAAAGAAUGACUGUGCAGUUACCAUUAAAUGACGAUUUAUCUCAAUUUGGAUACAGCGUUGAAUCUGGUUAUUUCUUUAAAAGGGAUCAAUUACUAUUCGCAAGUGGAGCACCAGGUUGGAAGUAUAAAGGCUCGGUCGGAAUAAUUAAUCCAGCAUCGAAUAUAUCAAUCAUCACGAAAUUAUAUGGUACUCAUAUUGGCGAAUAUUUUGGAGCCAGUUUGGCUGUAGGAGAUUUAAAUAAAGAUGGUUUGGAUGAUCUUCUUAUUGGAGCACCCUAUUGGGGAGAAGAUACCGGUAGAGUAUAUAUAUAUCUUGGUACAUCCAAGGAACAAUUUGAAAUGGCUGUGAUUUUACAUGGAGUUGCAGAAGGAGGACAUUUUGGAUAUGCCAUAGCUAGUGGUGAUUUAGAUGCUGAUGGAUAUGAUGAUAUUAUUGUGGGAACACCUUGGGAAGAUGAUGGAGUUGUUUAUGUGUUUAAUGGAACUCCAGAUUUAAAGAAUACGAAUUUAAAAAAAUCGCAACGAAUCGAAGCUGUAAAAUUAUUUAAAUAUAAUUCUUCACGAAGAAUACUUCGAUUUGGAUUUUCAAUAUCAAAACCGAUUGACAUUGAUAAAAAUGGAUAUUUGGAUAUCGCAAUUGGAGCAUACAAAUCAGAUCAUGCUAUUAUAUUACGUAGCAAACCAAUAUGGAAAACAGAACUUUUCAUUGAGACUAUACCUAAUAUUUUGCAAAGAAAUGCUAAACAAUUUUUGGUCAGAAUAUGUCCACGAUACAAUAUGUAUGGCAUGUUACACGAUAUUGUCACAGAUACUAUAAAAUUUAGGAUUACAGCCAUUAUAGACGAACGUUACCAGCGAACUAAAGAAACAAUUUUAGAAAUGAAAUCUUCUAAUUUAAGUAUUUGUCUAUCUAGUGAAGUUAAUAUUUUGAAAGAUAUACGAGAUUUUAUCGAGCCUAUUAGUAUAGUUGCAAAACAUGAUUUUUUACACGAUAACGUAUCAAAUGAGUUUUGUAAAUUUUGUCCUGUUGAAAAACACAAUAAGAUACAAAAUGUAAAAGUUUUACUUCCUUUUAAUAUUGGUUGUGGAGAAGACAAGAUCUGUAAUUCUAAUAUAUCUGUUACUGCAAAAUUUUAUAAUGUAAGAGAUAACGAUAUGUGGAUAAUUGGUUCAAACGAUAUAAGUUUAAAAAUUAAUUUAAAAAAUUAUGGAGAACCUGCAUAUCUUACCAUACUCGAGUUUAAGUUCCCUGAAAGAGUAAUAUUACGUAGUAUUUUACCCUCUUGUCAAGAAGAUAUUUCUAAAGAAAAUUUAAUAGUAAUUUGUGAUGUAGGAAAUCCUAUUUGGAAAGAAGAAGAGAAAAAUGUCAAAUUAGAUUUGAAUAUGAGAUAUUUAAUUAAUGGAUCAUUACAUGACCAUAAAUUAUAUUUUUAUAUAACAAUAAAGACUCGUAGUAUAAAUCAUGGAAUGACAAGUAUAAUUAAAACUCUUAAUUUAGUAAACGAAGUUUCUCUCUCUUUACAUGGAAAACCAAAUGAAGAAGCCUAUUAUCUAACUACUUUAAACGAAAUUGCUCAAAAUGUUACUUUUCAACAUACUUAUCAAGUAUAUAAACUUGGGGCAUCACCAAUAGAAGUUGCGCAAUUGAUUGUUAAAAUACCAUUAACUUUUAAAGACUUACAUUUGAUAUACAUGUAUAAAUCUCAAUUAUACAUAUCAGGAGAACUUUUUGAAUGUUCAUCAGAGACUAAUUUAUUGGAUAUUCAAGGAGAAUCAUCUUUAGAGCAAUUUGAUAUAUCUCUGUUUUCCAAUAAAAUACGACAAAAUAAUAAUUAUAUAAUAAAUGAAAAAGAUCAAUUUAACUCAAUAGAAGGAUCAGCUUUAUAUUUGAAUAAUAUGAAUAUUAAAGCUCCAAAAAUAUUAAAUGAAAAUUGGACAAAUGAUAUUAUUUACAUGAAUUGUUCAACUCCUUAUAUAAAUUGUAUAACUAUUAUAUGUGAUUUAAAUACACUGAAAACAUUACAAGACAUUGGAAAGAUGACAAUUGAAUUUUUUUUAAAUGUUGAUAAACUUAAAGAUAUCUUUAAAAACAAUAGAGCUAUUUUAAAAUAUGCUACUGAAGUGAGCGCAAAAAUAAUAAAACCUGAUAAGAUGUUGUAUAUUAAUGGAACUCGAUCUACAAUGGAAAUUGUGACAAUAUUUUACAAUAUCCCAAAAAUGGAAAAGUUACAGCCAUGGAUUAUUCUUAUCUCUAUUUUAAUAGGAAUAUUAUUAUUGUUUAUUUUUGCUGCGAUUUUAGGAACGUUGGGUUUUUUUAAACGGAAAAAAAAGCAAGCUUUAACAAAUCAAGAAUGUAAUGAAAUGAUAGAAAAUGAAACUGCGAUUAACUCUGAAAACACGUGAUAUAACGAGUAAAAAGAACUUAAAAAAUAUUUAAAAAAUAUUUAUAUCGAAUAUUACGCGUAUAUUCUGUAAAAAGAAAAUUAUAUUUGAUAAACUUUUAAUAUUUAUUUACAUUAUAUUCAUAAUCUCCGAUGAAAAACGCCCAUAUAUGUAUACAAAUUUCUAUUUUUAUUAAUUAUAUCUUAUUGUACUUUCAAUUCGUACAUUGUAUUCAAACAUCUUAACUUGACAAAAACAUAUAAUGUAAAAACAUAUCUUAAACAUGUACAUCAAUCAGUAUGUAGCUAUUUACAUUUUUUUUUAAUUACAAACGAAAAAAUAAACGCAAUAAUUUGCAUUGCAUUAUAACAAUAUCCAGUGGAUUAAUUUCCCAUUCCUCGCAACAAGUAAAAAAUUAUUUCUUUUACUUUUUCUU